GGCUGAUCGGAUGUUGUUGGCAUAACUAAACUGAUGAUAUUCGUCAAACCGACACUUCAUGCACGGCGAAACGGGAGGUUACUGGCGACAGGUAGCGAGAGCACGUCGUGACAGUUGGGUUUAUUGCACUGUGUUCACUUUCGGGAGUGUUUUAUUCGGCAGAAACAGCAGGCGUCGAGAGAGGGCAGUAACCCAGUGUUGGAGGACUCAGGCUAUCCUGACUGAAGAGAAGGAACCACUACACAAACAAUCAGAUCAUCAGCUUUUAAAUACACACACAUUCAUCAUAAUGGAAGGUGUAUGAUGACUGUAGCUGCAGGGCCAUGGCCAGCGAACCCCUUGAAGGCUUCCAUGAGGUCAACUUGGCGUCGCCCACCACCCCUGACCUCCACGGAUUGACCUCCGACACCAGACCCCAAUGUCCCAGCGCCCCUUCCAGUACCCUGUACCGUACCCCCUCCCUCAGCUCCAGCUCCUGCCCCCCCAACGCCCUGCGAGCCGACCAGCUGCCCACCCAGCCCAUCUACUCUGCCCCUAGGCUACUGGGCAGCACAGAGCCCCACAAUGGAAGUGUUCCGGGGUUGGAACCCCCCGCCCGGUCAGAGGCGGAGUCAGCAGAGGGGGUGUUCCUGUCUGGAGAGGAAGGGGAGGAGUCUCUGGGUCUGACCAAUGACAGCCUGUCCCACCUCCGCAGCCCCUCAGUCAUGGAGAUCAGAGAGAAAGGCAAUGAGAGAAUGAAGGAGGAGCUAGCCAAGGCACAGAGGGAUCUUAAGUUAAAAGACGAGGAGUGUGAAAGGCUUUCUAAAGUCAGGGAUCAGCUGGGCCAGGAACUGGAGGAGCUCACUGCUAGCCUGUUUGAGGAAGCUCACAAGAUGGUGCGUGAGGCGAACAUCAAACAGUCCACGGCUGAGAAGCAGCUGAAGGAAGCUCUGGGCAAGAUUGAUGUGCUCCAGGCGGAGGUGGCUGCCCUGAAGACCUUGGUCCUGUCCACGUCCCCCACCUCCCCCUGUCACGAUCUUCCUGGGGGCUCCAAGGCCCCCUUCAAGAAGGGCCACGGCCGCAACAAAAGCACCAGCAGCGCCAUGCUGGGCAGCGGGCAGGACCUGAGCGUCACACAGCCCAUCGUACGAGACUGCAGAGAGGUGGACAGUCUCCUGUUUAGUGAGUUUAAGUUGUGGAAGGAGGAGCCUAGUCUGGAGAGAAACAGCUCCUUCCUGGAGAGAGUCUACAGAGAGGACAUCUACCCCUGCCUCACCUUCUCCAAGAGUGAGCUGGGUUCGGCCAUCUUGGAGGCAGUGGAGAGGAACACGCUCAGUGUGGAGCCGGUGGGCUUCCAGACGCUGCCUGUCGUCAAGGCCUCUGCUGUGGAGUGUGGAGGACCAAAUGGUCGAAGGUCUGAGGUAGUCACAAAGUGUUCCCUUAGUGGCCAGACCAAAACCUGCAAGCACAGAAUCAAGUUUGGUGAUUCCAGCAGCUAUUACUACGUGUCCCCUUUCUGCCGUUAUCGGAUCACGUCAGUUUGUAACUUCUUUACCUACAUCCGCUACAUCCACCAAGGGCUGGUCAAGCUGCAGGACGCAGAACAGAUGUUCUGGGAGGUGAUGCAGCUGAGGAAAGAGAUGAGUUUUGCUAAGCUGGGCUACUACAAGGAGGAACUGUGACCAACCAAUCAUGAUCUAGAACAGAGGGAGGCGUGUCUGAAUCUCUACCUAUCAUCAGACACACUCCCGUGACGGACAGGAUAGCUCUCCAAUCAUCCUACCCUCCUGGCUCUCAGAAGGACCGCCCCCAUCGCCACCCCCUUCCAAUCUCUCAUCUAAUCACAUGUCAUUUCAGGAGACUCCUCCCAUCCUCUGCCUUCUUGAUUGGUCAGAAGUGAGGCUGAGCGGUUGUGAUUCAAUACCUACUAGCAUAUUGCUUAGAAUGUACGCUCAGUACAUUGGACCGUUUUUUCUAGAGCAUCACGUUUGUGGUGAAUGGUGAGAGACUGACUGAUCUACCAAUAACAGUGAGGAGUUAUUCAGGAUGGGAGGGGAUUGGGAGAUCAGUCGGUCUGCAGUUGAUCUGGAACAUGACCGUUGCUUCUCAUUCUGAGUGGUCUGCUAGUAUGCAUAUUGGAACAGAGUGGAAGCGCUCUAAACCCAAGGUGCAUCCCAAAUGGCACCCUAUUCACUAUAGUACACUACUUUUGCCCCCUAUGGGCUCUGGUCAAAAGUAGUGCACUAAAUAUGGAAUAGGGUGCCAUUUGGGACACAAAACAAGUGUAAAUGGAGGCGCUCAGUCCGUCUAUCCAUCUGUGGUUAUUCAAUCCAUCUCCAAUCCAUAUUUAAAACCAGAGGACAUUAACUAUGGUGACGACCAUGCUGCUGUAUUUAACUUGACUUGACUCCAUUAUUAUACGUAAGAAACACUGAAUGAGCUCUUGUCCACAUUAAAAGGCUCAGUCCCAAAUGGCAUCCCAUUCCCUAUAUAGUUCACUACUUUAGUAGUGCAGUAUGUAGAGCAAGGGUUCCCAAAAUGAUUGUUUAUUGAGAUUGCCUUUAUUAAAUACAACACCAGCUUGGUUUUCUACACAGUUUAACAAGACUCAUUACAUAUUUUAGGGAGGCUAUUUAAUAAUAAUAAUAAUAAUAAUAUUAAUAGAUAUGGAUAAUAAAUAAAGUCUAGAUCUGUUUUCCGCUACCAAAUAUGUUUUAUUACGAUAAUUUAUAUGAACUCUCAAUUUAAUUAUGCAUGUUCUAUUUUACAGAAAGUGAUUCGAUCAUUUGAUAGCGACAGAGUCGCACAUUGUAUAAGAUUACUUCCCGAGAUUACUAAAUCCAAUUUCUUUGACUCCUCGACUUUAGAAGGUCGUAGCUAGGCUUCUGAAUACCACAGAGACAAACCAAGGAUAUUCCCAUGUGCAUCAGAGGCGCGUCUCCCUCUGGUCAUUUCACCGCUUGUUUCUAGCCUAAAGCAUUGGGGAUUUAUGCGUCGUUGUAGAUCGGUAUAAACAAACGUUGGUGCCCUAUAUGGUUGGGACCCCUGAUGGAGAGAAUAGGUACCAUUUGGGACCCCUGAUGGAGAGAAUAGGGACCAUUUGGGACCCCUGAUGGAGAGAAUAGGGACCAUUUGGGACCAGAAGGUGUGGAUGGGGAUUCUGUUGCAUUCUCUCUAUUACAAGGACUUGAGAAGAAUCUGUACGUUUAGAAGGUUUUAGAAAACACAUUGAUGAUGAUGAGGAAGAACAUUUUCUCUGGCUUUUUAGUUCUUUACCCCCCCAACCAACCAAGCCCUAGUUAGAAGUAUGUUGCUGUGUCGUGGUGUGUUGUGGUGUGUGGUCUGUGGUCUGUGUAUGUUCCAAUCUAUACCUUUCUCCUGGUUUAACAUCCUUUCAUCCUUCCAUCCUUUCAUCCUUUCAUCCCUCCAUUCCUCUGUUAGUAUUUCAGCUUUCCUCACUUUAUUUUAGUGCCUUUCUGGAAAACACUGAAUAAAAAAAUGGUAUACCUCUGGAA